UAUUACUGGCAUAGUGCUGUGCUUUAAAUGUCUAAAUGUGUAAUGUACUUCCUGUACUUUUCUCUGAGAUGUACGUCCCUUUGGAGAAAAGCGUCUGUUAAAUGAAUAACUGUGAAGGUAAAAAAAUCAAAACGCUAGCGCGCCGUGUUUCCGGGGGACUCGUAUUCGCGGUGCGCCGUCGCACGUAGGUGACGUCACCCCUCCGCCUCGCUCUGAUUGCCGGUGACUUGGUGCUCCGCUUGUUAGCGACAGAGAGAGGAGCUGGAAGUCGGACAAAGAAAGUGAUUCCGAGCUAAGUAUAUGACGCCCUGCUCCUCGGCCUCUCAGUCUCAGUCGCUCCCAGCCUCAGCCAGGCGGCCCCAUGAGGGUGGAGACCCCUGAUCGCGGCGCCGUGGCCGAGCCUCUGCCCUCCGAAGCGCUCGGCCGGAGGGUGAGCUGUGACGGGGAGAGGGCCACCGUGCGCUACGUGGGGGUCGUUCCCCCCACGGCAGGUCUGUGGCUCGGAGUGGAGUGGGACGACCCGAAGCGGGGCAAACAUGACGGCAGCCAUGAAGGCGUGCGCUACUUCACCUGCAGGUUCCCGACCGGCGGCUCCUUCGUCCGGCCCAAGAAGGCCAGCUUUGGCAUGAGCUACGUGGCGGCGUUGAGGCAGCGCUACGAGGGGGAUGUGGGCUGCGUGGAUGGCGAGAAGCUGAAGAUUUCCACGAGGACGGUCGAGAUGGUUGGCUUUGAAGACCUCUCUAAGAAGAAGAAAAUAGAAAAUCUGACCUCAGUGUCACUCAGAGGGUGUGAAGUCAAUGGUCCUGGACCAGAGAAUGAAGUCAGACAAACCACACCCAAUGUUGUGUCGCUCAACCUGUCAGGGAACUUGCUUUGCUGCUGGGAAGAUGUGGCCAGCAUCACCAAACAGCUGGAGGGUCUUCAGGAAUUGCAGCUGAGUGACAACAGGCUAUGCAUCCCUGCAGACCCACAGAACCUGGCCCAUGCCUUCAUCAACCUCAGAGUCCUCGCCCUCAACAGCACUGCUGUCAUCUGGUCAGAGGUGCUCCGUUGUGCCCCCAUGUGGCCAUUGCUGGAGGAGCUCUAUGUCUGUGAGAACGAGAUCACUGAGCUGCACAGGCCAAAAAAUGUUUUGCAGAACUUGAAAGUUUUAGAUCUGUCCAAAAAUUCUUUGGCUGGUGGAAAUGAACUCUUAAACAUUGCUGAACUCCCAAGGUUGGAAAAGCUGAACUUAUCUAGUACAGGUCUUUCUACCCUACAGUUCAAUGAUGUAGGCCCAGGAUGCAAAACUGCAAUGUUUCCUGCACUGAAGUUUCUGUCACUCGAUGACAAUGCAAUCUCGGAGUGGUCUGUGGUGAAUGAGCUGGAGAAGCUGGCCAGCUUGCAGCAGCUUUCCUGCCACAGGAACCCACUCAUUGAGCAGGACAGGACCCCUGAGACCACCAGGCAGCUCUUCAUCGCCAGGAUUGGCCAGCUGCAGGUUCUCAACAAGUCUGAGGUGAUGCGGGAGGAGAGGAAAGGGGCGGAGCUGGACUACUGCAAGAUGUUCUGUGUCAUGUGGCUGGGGUCUGGAGGAAACAGAGACCCAGAGCUGGACCGGCCCAGCGGCGAGUUCGUGGAGCAGCACCCCCGCUUCCAGAGCCUCAUCCGCAAAUAUGGAGCGCCAGAGGAGGGUGAACUCAAGAAAACAACAUUUGCACUUAAAAAUCAAUUGCUAACUAUAACCUUCAUUUGUCCUGAGAUGCCUCAGAGGAAAGCAAUUAAAAAGCAGCUUCCAGAUUCUAUGACUGUGCAGAAGGUGAAAGGACUUCUGUACAGACUGCUGAAAGUCUCAGACUCAGAACUGAAGCUGACUUACACCAGCUCAAAGAUGAAGAACACAGAGAUCGAGAUGAACAAUGACCUGCAGCCCCUUGCGUUCUACUCCAUUGAGGACGGAGACACAGUUCUGGUGCGCUGUCUUUAGCUGCAAGACGUCUGGGGUCUAGCUUCACUGGACCAAGGAUCUGCAUUAAGAACACCACACUUCCAAGUUGUUUCAUGUUCUAAUAAUUACAAUAGACAUAACACUGUUUAAUGCUCAUGUUGUACAGUGGGUCCCUGACUUACGAACAAUCAAGUAAACUUUGUGCUUUUUUUUUUUGUUUUAGUAUUUUUCAUAAAUAGAGCUAGGAUACAAUUCAAAGAAACAGCACCUAAAUAAGUCAACACUGUUAUAGCAGAUCAUAAAUACCCAGCUGGGAAUGUGGAGGUGCUUUCAGUGAAAGCGCUGCUAUCAAUCACACACAGCUGUCUUCUACAUUACAUUUACAUUUUUUUUCCCCCCCCAUUUAGCAGGUGCUUUUUACCAACAGACAAGAGGGGUAGAUUGGUAUUGGACUGCCAAGAAUUCUUUUUUCCCCUGACGUUACACAAAUAGCAUUUAGAGUAGAAGAGAAUGACAGAAUAGAUAACACGUCUCCCGUCUACUUUGUGUCACAUUUAACUAACAAACCAA